CAGAGAGAGACGUAUUGGGCUGACGCUCCUCUCUUGCAUCGACCAAGUACUGUAACAGCUCCCUCUCUCUCUGCAUCCUCUCUUUACUGGGAGGCAGCUCUGCAUCAUGCAGGCUGCUGGCUGAAUGCAGCAGAGGAGCAGGCUGGAAUUUUUGGCACUGGCUAGGAAGAAAAAAAAAAGAGGCAGCGUUUUCCUUUCCUGUAUGGGCAUGCAGAUUCCAGCCAUCGGCUCUCCGAUCCUUAGGUUGUACGUGGCUGAGGACAGAGAUGGUCUUUUUGUUCUCUGGCCGGACAGCGCCUAGGACAAUGGUUUCCUGCUCCAUGGGCAUGCCUGAAGAACGGGACCUUAUGACUCCUCCUCAGUCAGCUGACGUGGCGGAGAAAAACCUCUCUGUUUCCGGCUGCCCCGAGCCCUGGAUCGAACCCACGUUCACUCUAGCGGCCAAGGCCCGCGUGAUCGUCACCAUCUGCUUUUUCCUGAUCGCGGCCUGCAGCAACUCCGUGGUGUUAUACAGUAUCAUGAGGAAGAGGAGGAAGUCCCAUGUCCGGCUGCUGAUACUAAGCUUGACGGUGGCCGAUUUGCUGGUGACCUUCACGGUCAUGCCCCUGGAUGCUGUGUGGAAUGUGACGGUCCAGUGGUACGCUGGGGACCUGUCGUGUAAAUUGCUGAACUUCCUCAAGCUCUUCGCCAUGUACUCUGCCGCGCUGGUGCUCGUGGUUAUCAGCAUAGACCGGCACUCAGCCAUUCUCCACCCCUUUGCCUUUGCUAGCUCCAACCGACGCAACAGGCUCAUGUUAUGUGUGGCUUGGGGCAUGAGCUUCCUGCUGGCCUCUCCUCAGCUCUUCCUUUUUCACCUGCACACUGUCCCAGGUGUCAAUUUUACCCAGUGCGUGACCCAUGGGAGUUUCCAAGCGCACUGGGAAGAAACCCUCUACAACAUGUUCACCUUCACCACCCUCUACGUCGCCCCGCUGAGCGUCAUGAUCGUCUGCUACAUCCGCGUCAUCUGGGAAGUCAGCAAGCAACUGAAGAUCAACCAGGGUCUAGCAACAGGCAAAAACAACCACAUCUCCAAGGCGCGACUGAAGACCAUCAAGAUGACCAUUGUGAUCGUUGCCUCCUUCGUUAUCUGCUGGACCCCCUACUACCUCCUGGGCCUGUGGUACUGGUUCCAGCCAGGCAUGAUUCAAAGCAUGCCCGAGUACGUCAACCACAGCCUCUUUCUCUUUGGCUUGCUGCACACAUGCACUGACCCGGUCAUUUACGGACUCUACACCCCCUCCUUCCGAGAGGACAUGAAGAUGUGUCUGAGAGGGAUUGAAACAGUCAUUACGGGCCAGGAGCGAAACAAACUGAUGUCCAGUUCGGAGAUGAACAUCAAGGAUUGCACGGCCAACAGUGGAGCUGUCUCGGGGGCUUCCCACGGCACAGCCAUCCACACGGUCUGCUAAAGAACAGCAGCUGGCAGGAGGAAAGGACGUCGGCGUUGAUCAUGGGCGUCGUGUUGGCCUAUUCUCCUAUUACGGAGGUGGGCUGGGAUGUACAGUCCUCACGCUGGCGGGUCGUUCCGCCACCUGCCCCACCUGCAUGGAAUAGUGCACAGAAAUUGGUAACUGAGAGCAGCUUCUGCCACUCACGUCGAGUCUCACCAUGCUUUCCAAAGGGGCCCAUUGACUCCCCCUCAUUCCAGGCCUGAGCUUUGCCUCGGAGGCCUUCUUGUAACCAUGCAAGAGACUCAGCGUCAGGCUGGUGUCCUGCCCUGAUGAAAUCCUUUGCACAGGUCAUUCCACCCUCUUCAUGGCCUUUUCACACUGCUCUGGGGCUAAGUGCAACCUGCUGGGAGGAGACUAAAAUUCGCUCUCUGCCAGCCUCCUGCCAACAGUGUGUCUCGGUUUCUAAACAAAGACCCAGGACCAGAUUUGCAAAAGAGCAUCCUUCCCUUUUGCCCUUGGUGGAAUCAUUCCUGGGGUGAAUGGUGCCUAGGGGCAGAGGUGUUUGCUGAACCACGCUCAGGGGCUGUGUGGUUCUCACGGCCGUGACUUCCAUGACAGGAAUGAGACAUUUCAGGGUUUGACAUACAAAAUCAUGGUCUUGUCUUCCCAGCCAGCCUGGUGCUGACAUCGCCUCCUCUGUGAUUUUCCACUCACCUGCCCCAUGUUAAAAGCCGCCCACAUGACUCAGAACAGGCUGGCACCAGCCCUAACUCCUCCACUGUAAUUCCUGUGACUGAUUUGAAAUCCCCGAGAAGUGAGCUUGUGAAAGGUGCUUGUUUUGGACUUUUUGAUAGAUGUGUUGUGGAAAUAAAUGGUCAGUGGAUUGCUUGUGGAAAAACCUUAGUGGGCUCCAUGCCAUGCACCCUGACUGGGAACACUUGGAGAUAUGUUCUCCUUUGAACGGAUGUGAUUACAAGUAAAAGAUGAUGAGUAAGGAA